GGGGCUGGACCAAAAACAUUCAGGGCUGCUGCCCGGGAAGGCUACCCCUAACAACGCAGAUGGCUUGGUUAUACUCCACUUGCUCAGGAAGUGUCUACUGAUCCACAUCGGAAUGAAACCUGCUAGUCUCCACUGUCCGCUCCGGUGGAGAGAAGACAAAAAACGAUUAAAGAUUGGAAUCAUUGGAGGCUCUGGCCUUGAUGACCCAGACAUAUUGGAGGGAAGGACCGAGAAAUAUGUUGACACACCUUAUGGAAAGCCUUCAGAUGCCCUUGUAAUAGGGAAGAUCAAAAAUGUUGAAUGUGUGCUACUUGCAAGGCAUGGGAGACAGCACACCAUCAUGCCAACAAACGUCAACUACCAGGCUAACAUCUGGGCGUUGCGAGAGGAGGGCUGCACACAUCUCCUGGCCACCACAGCCUGUGGUUCCCUCCGGGAAGAGAUCCAACCAGGAGACAUCGUCAUCAUCGACCAGUUCAUAGACCGGACAACAAAGAGAGCCCAGACGCUGUACGAUGGGAGGCCCACCAGUCCCCCAGGCGUGUCUCACAUCCCCAUGGCUGAGCCCUUCUGCACCCGGACCAGGGAGGUGCUGCUGGAGGUGGCGCGGGGCCUGGGGGUGAAGUGCCACCCGCAGGGUACGGUGCUCACCAUCGAGGGCCCUCGCUUCUCAUCGCGCGCCGAGAGCCUGAUGUUCCGCCAGUGGGGCGCCGACGUCAUUAACAUGACCAGCGUGCCCGAGGUGGUCCUCGCCAAGGAGGCGGGUCUUUGCUAUGCCAGCAUCGCCAUGGCCACCGACUACGACUGCUGGAAGGAGCAUGAGGAGGCGGUGUGCGUCGACAACGUCCUGAAGACAAUGAAGGAGAAUGCCAACAAGGCCAGCAGUAUCCUGCUCACUGCUAUCCCCCUGAUCUGCACCCAGGAGGACUGGACCCACACCAUAAAGGCUCUGAAGACAACAGCGCAAUCCUCAAUAAUGCUACCGAAACACUGAGAACCACCGAAAAGCCCCUCUUCACCCCCGUAGAACAGAGAAUGACUUGCAACACACCAGCCACCAAUACGGACAAUGGAUUCAUCUCUCUCUCGAUUCCUCAUCAGUGAAUCACAAGGAAGUGCCUGAUAUGCAUGUUUUCAGUACUGUACAUUCGCCAGGAUUUCACAACACAUUUGAGUAACAUUACAUCGUUUGCCAGCAGCAUACCACCCUGCAUUCCACUGCUGGCUUGCUUUUGAAUCUAAGCAGGGUCGGUCCCUGGAUGGGAGACCAGAUGCUGCUGGAAGUGGUGUUGGAGGGCGAAUAGGGGGCAUUCUUUCUUCUGGUAAAAUAAGGUCCCAAUGCCCCAGGGCAGUGAUUGGGGAAAUUGCCCUGUGUAGGGUGCCGUCUUUCAGAUGGGACAUUAAAUGGGUGUCCAGACUCUGGUCACUAAAAGAUCCCUGAUAAAUUAAGGGUCAAACUGUUUUUAUAUAUAUACAUUAACAUUGUCAGUAUUUUACUGUAGUUUAUAUACUGUUGAUUUCAGCCAUGUUUUCAUACUGUAGAUACUUUAAUGAGUAAUUACACACAUUUUGGUAUGUCCUAUAAUGUCUUCUGAAAGAAAAUGAGUUAGUCGGUUGUUUUCAGGGAUUGUUUGUAGCCCGUAUGAUCUGUACAUGUAGGUCUAUGACGAACAAGACUUUUUCACAGAGUAUAUUUGGAACAGGACAUUCAAUCAAAAGCAACUGCCACUCCGUUCAUAAAGCCUCAGUCCUGUUUAUCCGGCUCAGGGGUGAAGUUUCGCCUAGGUACAGAUCUAGGAUCAGCUUCCCCUCCCCCAAUCCUAACCAUAACCAUUUAGUGGGGAAAAUGCAAAACUGACCCAAGACCAGUGACUAGGGCCAACUUUACCCUACUCUGUUAAUCCACUUUGUUGCCCAGAAACAAGGUCAAACUACAUUGUUGAUAGAUUCCAGGCUCUUUACUCCUAAUUAUUAGGUGAGUUAAUAGGGAAUAGUGGAUUCAUGGCUCAUAUAAUAUAUUUUCCAUUCAAUAAAAUGCCUUGUUUCAUUAAGAAAGACUUCCGCUGAGGGCAUGAUCGAUCUGUCUCAUAUCAUGUCACAUAAUCUGAAACUAUCUUCAAAAUACUUCCUUCAUUUUAACGAAGCAUUUCUUCUUACAUGGAUUCAGAGCUACAGUAUUAUAAUGGGAUCCUAAUAGGGUUAACUUCAGUAAGUAGGCCUAACUGUCAACAUGAUGGUUGAUAUUCUGUUAUGAUUAUGUGUUUUACUGCAUGUACAUGUCAAAUAUGUUUGCAAGUGUGACAAAAUCAAUAAAGUUAUGUAGAUUGGAAA